AUGCCUCAUUCCAAGCAGCCUAAACAUUUCCACAGUUUGAUGCUUUUGCAGUGGCCUUUGAGCUACCUGGCCAUCUUUUGGAUCUUGCAGCCAUUGUUCAUUUAUCUGCUGUUUACAUCUUUGUGGCCACUACCAGCACUUUACUUUGCUUGGUUUUUCCUGGACUGGGAGACCCCAGAGCAAGGUGGCAGGCGUUCAGCAUGGGUAAGGAACUGGUGUGUCUGGACCUACAUCAGGGACUAUUUCCCCAUUACAAUCCUGAAGACUAAAGAACUGUCACCUGAGGACAACUACCUCAUGGGAGUUCCCCAUGGCCUCCUGACCUUUGGCGCCUUCUGCAACUUCUGCACUGAGGCCACAGGCUUCUCGAAGACCUUCCCAGGCAUCAUGCCUCACUUGGCCACGCUGUUCUGGUUCUUCAAGAUCCCGCUUAUUAGGGAUUACCUCAUGGCCAAAGGCGUGUGCUCCGUGAGCCAGCCAGCCAUCAACUACCUGCUGAGCCAUGGCACUGGCAACCUCGUGGGCAUUGUAGUGGGAGGUGUGGGAGAGGCCCUGCAAAGUGUGCCCAACACCACCACCAUCCUCCAGAAGUGCAAGGGGUUUGUGCGCACAGCCCUUCAGCACGGGGCUUAUCUGGUCCCCACCUUCACUUUCAGAGAAACGGAGGUGUAUGAGCAGGUGCUGUUUCAUGAGGACAGCUGGACGUACAAGUUCCAGAGCUGCUUCUGCCGUGUCUUUGGUUUCUACUUUUGUGUCUUCUAUGGACAAGGUUUCUGCCAAGGCUCCGUUGGGCUCCUGCCAUACUCCCAGCCUAUUGUCACUGUGGUUGGGGAGCCCCUGCCACUGCCCAAAAUUGAAAAGCCAAGCCAGGAGAUGGUGGACAAAUACCAUGCGCUCUAUAUGGAUGCUCUGCACAAACUGUCUGACCAGCAUAAGACCUAGUAUGGCUGCGCAGAGACCCCAAAGCUGCUUUUCCUGUGA